AUGGAGAAGACGUGCGAGUGUAAGAACCAACAAGACGUGGAGAAGAAGCAAAAAGAACCGGUUCACGUUGUUCUUCAUGUGGAUUUUCACUGCGACGGAUGUAUCGACAGGAUCAUCAGAUCAGCUCGUUGUUUGGAAGGAGUUGAGACGGUGAGAGCAGAUCCUGUUUCUAACAAGCUCACUCUCAUUGGAUUCAUGGAUCCUGUGAAGACUGCUGAGAAGUUGCAGAAGAAGACCAAGAAGAAGGUCGAGCUGCUAUCUCCAAAGCCUAAGAAAGAAACCAAAGUUAACAAUGACACAAAGCCUGAUUUCAAAGUUAACAAUGACACAAAGCCUGAUAUCGCUGUGACCACAGUGAGCCUGAAGUUGGAUUGUGCAUGUGAUGGUUGCAUCAAGAGGAUUCACAAGACUAUCUUCAAGACCAAAGGAGUCUACCAGGUGAAAAUAGACAGGGACAAGGCAGUGGUUAGUGUCACAGGGACUAUGGAGGUUAAGACAGUGACAGAUAAUCUGAAAAGGAAGCUGAAGAAAACUAUCCAGGUUGUGCCUGAGAAGAAGGACAAGAAGAAAGAGAAUGCAGAGGAGAAACCCGGGUCACCAGCCUUGCCAUGCUAUGGUUUCAACUAUGGGCUUGGGCAUUACGGUUUCGUGGGAGGCCCAAUCACAAAUCUUUUUAGCGAGGAGGAUCCCAACGCUUGCUACGUUAUGUGA